AUGCGGUUACAUGCAUAUGACUCUUCUAGGAGUUAUAAGGAAAAGAUAAAAUUUUAUCAUGACAUGAAGUUGAUAAAGAGAUCUUUCAACCCUGGGCAGCAAGUGUUAUUAUUCAAUUCAAGGCUGAAGUUAUUUCCUGGAAAUUUGAAAUCUAAAUGGUCAGGACCAUUUGUAAUAAAUCAUGUAUAUCCUAAUGGAGCAGUUGAAUUGGUAAACCCAGUUGCUAGUGAUCCGCAGAAAAGUUGGGUGGUGAAUGGUCAAAGACUCAAACAUUAUUUGGGAGGAGAAUUGGAACAACUUUCCACGGUGAUGAAGUUGGUGGACCCGUGA